GCCCGACAAGGAAAUCGCAGGAUGUAUCAAUGAUAUCGGCAUUCCUUUCACCGCCGCAGACCUGGUCAAGCCCAACCCGCAACAGAUUCAACAGGUUUUCGAAUGGUUUGCGAAGAUUGUCAUGAAUAUUACCCGGGAUACGGUGGAGCCUGGGAUGCGCGUCGCAGCGGAGGACGUUGGUGGUGACUAUCCAGAUAUCGUGCCUACCGAAACGCGCAAUCUGAUGGGAUUUUUUGCGAGCUUGCGGCGGUUGAUGAUGGAGGUAUGUAUGCUUAAUGCUGGGGCGAUGCUUCUACUCGAAGGCAUCCGUUACCUGACUUUUGCUAACUCGAUCUCUUGAACACAGUGUGGGGUGCACGACUUCACCUUUACAGACAUGACAAAGCCCACGCACGACCGACUAGUCAAGAUCUUUUCGUACCUCAUCAACUUCGUCAGAUUUCGCGAGUCCCAAAACGCCGUUGUGGAGGAACACUUGAACAAGUCCGACAAGAUCAAGACACGCAUCGAGACUCUCUACGAAGAGAACCAGGAAAUGGGACGACAUCUAGACGAGAUGCGGCGCAACCUAAAGGCCAACGAGGCCCAAGUGAAGGAGAAAGUCCGACGAAACGACGAGCUCAAGGCGCGACUACUCGAAUUAAGACGCAAUCAGGAACGAGUCGCCGAUACACUGGAACGGGUCAAGACAGACAAGGGGAAACGGCAAGCAACUUUGGAAGAAAAGACGGAGAAGGUCGUCCGCACUCGGCAGGAGGUGGAAAAGCUACGUCCUUACGUUAUGGAAAGCCCGGGUACCCUCCAGGCUACUUUGACCGACCUUUCGGAGAAUCUGCUGCGCGAAAAGGCCCAGAUCGAUGCGAUGGAGAAGAGAGCGAGAGCGCUGCAAACCUCGUCGGAUACAUUUACGGUUGUAAGCAAUGAUGUGCAGGCUUGCAUCAAACUUCUCGAGGACAUAUCCGUGGAGCUGCAGAAGGAGGAGGAAGAGGAAUCGCGAGCGUCUCGGAACAAGGAAGCGAUUUCUGACCGAGGUAAUAAUGUGAGAGAGGUGGAGCAAACGGAGAAGUUGCUUCAGCGACAGCUGGCGCGGUGGAACGAGAGGAUCGAAACUCUCCGGAAGAAUGCCCAAGAAAAGGCAGAUGCGGCACAAGCCCGUAUGGAGGAGCUACGGAAUGUCCAGAAGCAACUCCGUGAAGAACGCGCAGAAAAGCAGCGUGAUAUGGAGAGAAGAAGAAUCAAGAUCGAACAGAUCGAGAAGAAGAUGGUCGAUCUCAAGGAGAACAUCGAGAAUGAAAUCCAGAGCGCCCAUGAUGAAUAUCUGAAGCUGGAAUCGCACAUCAAGCUUUAUAUCACCGACAUGGAGAAGUGUCUAUGAGUAUGGUGUUUUCAUUGGUACAUACAAUUCAGGAGUUUACGGUUGGCUCUAGGAUACCCGGGUGAUUAAGGCUCAUAUAUGACAGAGUUUCCUUGUUUCUAAUUUCGUCAUUGUCAUGAUAUUCUACACAUCCAGACUAUCUGUAGUAGUCGAGUUCCUCGGAUCGCUGAAUUCGAACCACCGCUGUGCUAUGUGUCUCACAGGAACAUUCUGUCCGCCCCAGGUACUUUCGUCUCUCCCGGUUCGCACGGAGCUGUUGAGCAGCGGCACAUGAGCAUCCCAUAAUGUCAGGCCGCUGUUGUCAGGACGUGUAACAUCUUGGCAUUCACAGAGUACAAGGUCCGCUGCCUCGCGCGCAGCAGUCUCGACCACAGCGGCAAACGUUCUGGACAGUCCUUGGGCGGAAAAUUCAGAGGUGGAAUGAUGUAAAGCCAACGGGUCAAGAAUCGCCAAUAAAGGCCGACACGACUGUUGCUCUCCGACAGCAACUGUGUCCUGUCCGGCAAUAUCGUUAAAAUGCAGCACAGAGAGGUAGGCACGAAGAUGCUCCAGGGUCGGACAAUAGGCCACUUUGGUCCGCGAGGACCUGGAGAGCAACCCAAGAGUUUUGGUGAACAAUGGGCAGCUAUCAAGGGUCUGGGUGCGUACGGUCGCGAACACUCGUCUGGAAAAUUCACUUCUUCCCGAGCAGAUAAUUAGGAGAGUUGCGGUGUCCUUGUUGUCGAGAAUGUACGGUAGAAAAUCCAAUACUUGGUCUUCGAGAUAUAUUUGGGGCACGGCGUCCAUGACCCAUAAUUUGUAAGAGGUCAGUUGUCUGUAAAUGAUGGGUUAGGAUAAAGUGUCACUGUCAGUCACGUUCAUUAGAGGCUCGUGGAGCAGCAGCAAACAAGCUGGGCGGU